GUUCGCCGCGUCGACGCACGGGAGGCGUGUGUGUCACUUUCGAAAAAUUAUAAUAACAAAUUCGCUUGAAAUAUUACCGGCGCGCGAGGCGACCGCUCGUAGAUUUCUCCGAAGGAGGUUAAUGGAAAUCUCGGCGGAGGAGUUGGUUUUUCCUCGAAGUUUCACUGUGCGUUUACGCACGAUCCUUGUGCGCUUGUCGCGGUUUCCAAUUUUCCACACGGCGAAAGGCCCGAUCGUCGAUACGGAAAUCGAGAAUCUAUUCCGCCGUCGACUGCUCAACAAAAGUAAGAGCCUUCCCGCAGGCAGAUGCCAAUAAAUUACUCCAAACUGCAAUAAACAUCGUCUUAUACGGGGGACGAUUCAAUGUCCAUCUCGAGAGAAAUUGUUUUCCUUUCUACUGAAAAGUGAAGAAUCAAUUUACAAAAUCGUUGAAGCUGAGUUAUACGUUACUUAAAUUGUCAAAUCAAGGGAGAAAUUAUUCGAGACUGAAAAGCUUUCGUAUUUGCUUCUGUAUUUAAAUGUGAAACAAAUGAACUAUAGAUUGUAGCACAUUGAAUUGUUGUACAAUGUAGAUCGAUAUCGAGAAGUAACGUGUCAAAUUAUGUCAGAGAGAUCGAUGUCGUGUAACGACCUACCGUCUGUUCCCGUGGAGUUAUCGCGUUGUAUCACGAGUUAUCGUUCGUACACGCGUUCAGUAUGUAAAUGUUGACGGAGGCUGGGAUGAGAAACGACCCGAAAGACUAUGAUAUAACCAGUUAAGGGGCCAUUGGGCCAACACACGGUGGGCCCGCCGCAAUCCCGGCCCACCAAGGCAACGAGACAUUAUGGGACGACUCCUUGCUUGUUUUGUCACCUAAGACCCUUUGCAGCUUGAGUCUCUUUAACGUCAUCUUAAUUCCAAACAUUUGUUUCAUAUUAUCUCUAUCUUUAUAUUUCACUUAAUUAACGCCGUGUAAUCUGUAGCCUCGUAACGGUCGAAAUUUUUCUCUCGAUUAUUCGUUGUUUUAUCUUUUUACAGUUAAUUUAACUUAAGCAACGAUUAUUUAUUUUGCGAUUUGUAAUUGCAAGAAACUCUUCUUUGAUUUUAUGAACUCUUUUUUUUAUCAUAUUAUAUAAAACUAUUUAAUCUGUUAUUUUUCUUGUGCCCUUUAAUCUUGGCAAAAUUUUAUCUUAUACUUUUAAUCGUAAUAAAUGUUUUAAUUUAAUUUUCGGGUUUGAAAGUGAACAUUUUUACCGGCGAAAUGGUAAGAGGGAGUCGCGCGUACUCUUUCUUACCAUUAGCGCAUCGAUUGAAAGCCGCCGUUAAAUAAAUCGCGGAGGCGUUUAUCGGCGAUCAGCCGCGGCAGUCUAUUUUCGAGAUGGAAAUCCUUAGCGCCGCGUGUUGCUUUAUCACCGUGAAACCGCAACUAUGCGGCUUCGCGGAUCACAAUGCUUUAUAAUUAAUAAAUCACGGCGUGACUGAACUUUUAUCGGGGGGUCUCGACCACCACGAAGGACGGUUAUGGAUGUCGCACUUCACAAUGGCAUUCGACAGGCAAUCGCCAUGACUGGUUCUUUGUUAGCAGGUCCGAGCAAGACGGUCGAUCACUCGACAAGACAAGUAUAAUGGCGCAAAUUCGACGAUAACCGGCACAACUGAUAAGUAUAAUGGGAAAUCCACGGUUUUACGCUAGAUCCACAUAUAUACAUCUGUUUCCGAUAUUCGAUAUAAAGUUAUAACGUAAAUUUCGCGCGAGAAAGAUUUUUCAAUUUGAAGAUUGCGUAAUCGAUUUUAUGUUCUAUGCACUUUAUUUUCCAUUCGUUCGGACGUUAAAUAUUCCGCGUUGCGUAAGGCGUAUUGUUUUACGAUUUGCGAUUCUGGAAGCUUCGAGUUUUGAAGUGCAGUAGCUGCAAUCCGUUAUACGCGGCAAAUAAAAAAGCUUAAUGCGCUUCAGGCUGACAUCACUGAUUGGAUCAUUAUGUUUGACGGAAAAUAAAUAAAUGCUUGAAGUGUUCCUCGAAUUUUUGUCUCGUCGGUCGCGUAUUUAUUUAGCGGCGUUACUGUCAAGUAGAAGAGUGCUGCAGUACUGAAUUCAGUCGUUAAUGAUAAUUACAAAAUCAUAUAUACAUAUAUAUUCUUUUAAAUUUUUAUUUUCAUAUUUUCUUCUAUUUUUGCGGCCAAGCUAUAAGCUCCUAUAUUUUGUUUUAUAAAUUACGAAUCUAUGUUAUCAAUUUGUUGUGCUUUUUCUCUAUCAAAACUCUCAUAUCAAAAUUCUUUUACGUCAUUUUUUAUAUCAUUUCCAAUACGUUUUGCUGUUCGUGCGUGUAAUUAUUACAGGCAGAAAAUUAAUUUUUUUUACAAAUUGUUGAAAGAUUGUACGUUUAAGCAUUGCAAGUAAAAAAAAGCUAUGCUCAUCACAGUGGACGUUGAUUGCCAGUGGGUUAAUUACCGGGCUUAAUCGCCCAACGUAAUUAGUUCUGCAUCACAUUGUAUCGCACAGCUAGCACGUUAUAAGACACUUCCAGUUCUCCCGGCUCCGUCGCGAUUCGUCUCGGCAUUUUGCGCGCGAUCCGUCGCGCUAGUAAAAAACGAUUUUCGCGGACGAUUUGCGACGAGCGACGAACGAGGGAGAAAGGGGCGCGAAAAAGAGAGCGAACGGAAAAAACGCGGCGGGGAGAUAAAACGGGGGGGAUGUCGCUGGCAAGGCGUUGCGACGUUCCACCGGGAUGAUAAAGGAAAAGCCACAAGUCUAAUCUCGUAGGUUGAAUUUUACGGCCGCGCGUCUCAGUACCACAAUUACAGUUCGUUGAACCUGCGAAGGGCGCGCGAGAGAGAGGAAAAGGGGCACGUCGGGAUUUCCGUCGGUGUAUUUAGCGCGCAGAUAACGCCAUUUUAAACAAUGCUUCCGAUUAUCUAGAUGAGAUUCAACGGGAAAAUGGGCGCGAUAAUAGCUGAUAACGUAGUCGACGCGCGCCUCCGCUUUUGUGUAGAAAUCGUUUGCAUGGUUCCACUCGCUUUCAUUUUGAAUGAUCCUCUUGGUACCCUCCGAGAAAGGGAUGCGAGAGAAAGGAGAAAGAGACAAUUGCGAUAUAAUUGCACCUCUGAAAUAUACAACAUUAUUUCCAAAAGAAAUACCUUUAAAGAUAAUUUAAAUACGACAUGCAAGUAUUUAUCUAGCGGUUUUUUUUUUUGCAAUUUUAAACAGUUAAUUUUAAUUUGAAAUGAGUAUGCGGAGAAAAGUUUGGUUGACGUAUCUGAAGCGCAAAAUUUUUGCUAUAAUAGAAAAAAAUCUGAAAAUAUUUCACUAGAUCGUUAAAAAAGAAGUUGAAGCGUGAUAACGAGCAAAAAAUUUUUGACCUACCAAUCAGUUUGAGCAUCUUGCAUGACUAUCAUGUAAAGCCGCUAAUAAUUUAAUACACAUUAAAAUAUUAUUAAUUAAUUUAUGGAUGUGAUUUAAUUGAAAUCUGCUCGAUGAAAUAACGGUCCAAGUUCGUUCAUAGACCGCUUCUUUUCAAUGUGAAAAAUGUUAGUUACCUAAAUCUACUAUCAUUUGAAAUACCGAUCGAAAAAACAAUUCGCAAGUGACAUAUAAGUGACAUCUAGACGUGAUAUCGAAAGAUAUACCUUCGGAUGGAGAUUCACGACGCAAACAAUCGUACAUUCGUAAAUAAUCGGGACGUUUGUCAUGUGUCUUUGCCUCCUUAUCUCUAAACCAGACGGAUUGAUCGGCAACCGGCGAACAUUGCAGUCGCGGGUUAAACGCCGAAUUAUUGGCGGCACGUCCCCGCGGCGCGACGCGUAGAGGGAUGCGUGCGCGGCGUGGACGUCCCUUUUCGCUUCUCGCGCUCGUGUGGUCCACCACCACCAUCACUACCACCACCAUCACCACCACCGCCACCGCCACCGCCACCCCGCGGACCUAUAUAUUUCCCGGUGAGUCUCCCACUUUCGCCACUAUCACUCCUGUCGCGGCGGCGUCCGUACGCGCCACACACGCCCGGCCGUCUCCUUCCCCGCCGAGUGUGCUCACUCGGAGACCGGAAGCCGCGGAGAUUCGUUUUCUCUCGGGCGCACCGCAUCUUCGCGUCAACAACCCUAUGGUAUCCUCGCACAUUUUCUCCAAGUCCGACAAAGUGAUGCGGUUCCUCUGCUGACGCGUCUCCUCCUUGAGAGGGAGAGCAAUUGUCGUGUGGUUGCGUGCACUCUCGGAUUCGAGACCGGCCGGCGUGCAACCCCCCUAUUUUGCGCGAGAGUUUUUUUUUACGGGACAUGUGUGCCACGUGGGCCGAAACGGAGGACCGACCUGCUGCCGCUCCUGCCGAGUGGGAUUAGGCGAGCAGGCACGACGGAUGGCCUGAGCCUCGGAGCAGAUCUUCCAUGGACCGUCCACGAAAAUCGGAAGAUGACUCGCCGCCGCCCGGAUUUCUGCGUCGACGAGGUCGCCGACGAUCCGCCGUGAUCAGGCUGGGUUUGAGAUCGAUUCUAGCCCUGAUGAUGCUGAACACGGCCGGUGUCUCGUCCUCCCACAUGCCCGAGAAGUAUCCCAUAGAAGUUUAUCACAUGUUACAAGAGAGAACGCAAUUUGGAAUUGGCCAUGACAACAGGAUAAGAGGGACUUGGGGUACGUGGAGCUCAUGGAGCGAGUGUUCCAGAUCUUGCGGCACUGGUAUCCAGUCCCAAUUUCGCGAAUGCGUCCCACGGAGACUUUUGAGGAGGCGAAGUAUUAUCUCGGAGAACGGUACGAGCAGCGCCAGGCCCAUUUGUAUCGGCACAUACAAGCGCUAUCACACGUGCAAUACGCAGGAAUGCCCGAACUUCCCGGAAGACCUGCGGACGGAACAGUGCGCCAAGUACAACGGGAGGAACUACAAGGGCCGCAGUUACGUAUGGGUGCCCUUCGUAGACGCGCCGAACUCCUGCGCGCUCAAUUGCCGUGCAGUCGGCGAGCGUUUUUACGCAACGCUUGAACCGGCAGUAAUGGACGGCACGCCCUGCGAUGCUCCGAAUCUUCGCGGACGCGGCGGCGGCAUUUCGACGGAACGCAGUGGCGAACGAUGGCUCUGCGUCGCCGGACAAUGCAAGCCUGUAGGAUGUGACGGGGUGGUGGGUUCCGGUGCGACGAUGGACGCCUGCGGCGUGUGCGGCGGCCAGGGCCGAGGGUGCAGGCUGUUCGAGGGUAUCUUCAUGGAGCCGAUUCUGUCCAAGGGUCAUCAGCAGGUGACCACGAUUCCGAAGGGCGCGAUGUCGCUCAACAUUUCCGAGCUGCGUUUCAGCAGCAAUUUUUUAGCGUUGAGAGACAGUAACGGCAGUUACAUCCUAAACGGACCGUGGUCUUACAGUCCCAGUGGUACUUAUAAAGCGGCUGGUACGACAUUAACAUACCAGAGGGGCGAUAGGAACCGUAUGGAGUGUAUCUUGGCGACCGGACCGUUGAACGAGUCUCUGCAUUUAGAGAUCUUAUCCAUGGAAUUAAAUCCAGGCGUUCUGUACAAGUACAUGCUGCCUGUCGGAGAAGUGCCGGACGGUGACGCGGUGAUUGCACCGCCGCUGCUUGUCGCAGGAGCAAACGAUCGGGGCAACGAGAUACCUAGUCCAGAUACUCACGUGCGAGUGCCCGUUACGAGAAUAUCGGAUCGGCGAGGCGAUUUAUCUUCGACGCGUCGCGAUCGCGAUCCGCCGCGCGCGCACGACGGCGGACGGAAGGAAGAGAUGAAGCAUCCGCCGACCACGGUGAUGGCGGGCGAUCAGCCAAAGUCAAAGGCAACCAGGAGGAAGAAGAGGAGGAAGUUCGUUUGGAAAAUAGUCGGCCUCUCGCCCUGCUCGAAAGAAUGCGGAGGAGGUGUGCGGACGACGAUCGUGAAAUGCAUUCGUGAGAGCAGUCAGACACCCGUCAUUGAUAAACGCUGUCACAACGUAGAAAAACCGAACCAUCCUCCACCAUUGCGAUGCAACGAUCAUCCAUGCGCCGCCAGGUGGCGAGCUGGACAGUGGAGCGAGUGUUCGAUUACCUGCGGGGUCGGUACGAGGACACGAAAGCUCGAAUGCGUCCAGGAGCUGAACGCGAGAUUGACAAUGCGCGUUGCUGCCGGGGCGUGUAUGCAACCGCCAGAUCUGAGCACCAUGGAAACCUGCACUCGGCCGGCGUGUCUCAACGUGGGCCCAGAAUUGAGACACAUGCCUUCGCAGCACGACGCGCCCAGGUGGGACGUGGGCGCUUGGAGUCCGUGUUCAGCGACGUGUGGUCGUGGAACUCGAAAUCGAACAGUAACUUGUAUAACAUCCGGGGAGUCUUGUUCGUUAUCCAACAAGCCGGAAUCCCAAAAAGCGUGCGAGAUGGUGGCUUGUAGUGCGGCGACAGAUACGAGAAAUCACGCGCCCUGGUUGUACUCAGAAUGGUCUUCGAAGUGCUCCGCAGAAUGUGGAAAUGGCGUGAGGAUCAGGCGAGUAGCGUGUGCCGAUGGUAGUGAGUUAUUUUGCAAUCCCAAAGAGAGACCGAACACGGAGAUGCAUUGUUUCGGACAAGGGACGAGUUGCGACCAGGCCAAAUGGUUCGCCAGUCCAUGGACUUCUUGUUCUGUUUCGUGCGGCGUUGGCGUGCAGUACCGAGACAUCGCUUGUAUAACUAGAACGAAUAACGAAUUUGUUAUACUGCCUGCAAGAAAUUGCAGCGAUCCCAAACCAGCGACUGAACAAGCCUGCAGAAUGUCCGCGUGUUCGCCGGAAUGGUUUAUCUCAGACUGGUCGACGUGUUCCGCAACAUGCGGGGCUGGAGUACAAACACGAAUUGUACGAUGCAUUGUCGAGGGUAUUAGCAGUACAAGUUGCUCGGAAAUCGCCAAACCGAGCGCGGAGCAACGAUGUAACAUGGAGCCGUGUAAGAAGAAUGUGUCAGCGGCGAACAAACCGCCAAAAAAGGUGCACGAUUCGUCCGAGUGCGUGGACAAGUAUCCGAAUUGCGUUUUAGUAGUGAAGAAUGGUCUGUGUCGAAUCAAAUAUUACAAGUAUUCGUGUUGCCAAUGCCGUCAAUAGCCGGGGCAGAAGUUUUGCUUGCAAUGUUUGCCCGCAAUUUUGCAACCGCAAACUGCGGCGAACGGCUGACGAGCGCGACCUGAAUAGAAUACAGAUAUUAUAUUAGAAAAAGGCAAAUUGUAUGCCGAAUGUAAGACUGCUACAAAAAAGGAUGACCACGUAUGCAUAUAAUUUUAUUUAUAUUUACACGAUAUUGGAUCAUACGUGUCUCAGUCGUGCUUUUUUUCUGCCGAAUGUAACAUAAUUCUUGCGGAGCGGCAGAAUUCUCUUUCUCUUUUUGAUGAAUGUUUCAGAAUAAGGCGUUAAAUUUUUCCUCAUAUUUCGACUGAAAUAUUAAUAUUGAAUAAACUUUCAGAGAAAACGACUCAAAAGUAAUUGAACGAGAGAUAAAUAAAAUAAUAAAUUGCAGGAAGAAACAACGUAACAAAAUUGAGAAAGAAAAUUAAGAUUUUUAUGUUUGUAAGAGUUAAGAAUUAAUUUUUCUGCAAGGAAGGUUCCCGAGGUAUCCUGAUUUUUCCGGGAAUUAAACCGUGGACAGGUUCGUCAUGGUUUUGUGUGCAAUAAAUAUAUCUCGACAUAUGGUAUACACACGACGAGUGUUUAUCUUCGAGUGGCACAUGAACGAGUCAUUUACAUCGAGUGUACGAUAUCUGUAUUAUCGUAUUGAGAUCUAAUCAAAUACACCUUUGGCCCUAGCCUUUUUACAUGCAACAACGCGAUCUCAAUUUUUGUGUACUUUUUAUCAUGGUGAACGUGGCCCGCUCUAGGAUAAACUGGGAAAAUAAUAUUUUGUCAAAGUAAACAUACGCGUCUAAGUGGAUAUCAAAUUACGUUCCUGGAUAAAACGAGCCUCUCUUUGCAUACAUGUUCAUGCAAAACCUGCACGAUCAUGAAAACCUUCGAGACUGUUGCACUUAACCGUGUAAAAUGAAACGAGUUUUUAGCGAAUUUAUUCUACGGAAUUAACGAUGAAGCGAUGUUAUAAAAAGCGCCAAUUCCCGCGCAAACUUAUGUUACAUAAACAGGAAAAUUUGCAACACAAAGAGAAGUUGAUUUUCUCUUAAUUGCUGAGAGAAGCACUCUCACGAAAACGUAAUUGCCUUGUACUAAAAUGUGGAAUUUCAAUGAUCAUUUAAAACAUAGAAACAAAUUGAUAGCGACAAAGUUAAUAAAAGAAUUUUGAAUCGAUUAUUUUUCUUUCUAGGUGCUUUUCUGUUAACUAUUGUUAGCUCUAACUAACUGCUUUUCUAUAAGUUGGCGUAAAAAUUUAUAAUCAAUAUGUAAUCUAUGAAAACUGCACAACAAGAAAUCCAUUUUCCAAAUGAAUUACGAGAGAAUGUUCCGUCUUGAUGAAGGCGUUAUGAAUAAUAGAACACAUGCAAUAUUCAUUCUGCAUAUGUCGUUUUAUAUCGUGUACACUUAUUCGAAUAAACUAUAAGUGAUAAUAAUAUAUACAGUAACGUAACUGGAUAUACGCUUGUGUAUGUAGAAUAUAUGAAAUCGUCGUUAGAUGAUAAAUAUAUGUAUUAUUGUAUAUUUCGAUAUCGAGAUAAAAAAUUAGAAUUUUCGAUCCAUAUCGCUAUUACGUAUUAGUUCGAUGUUGGACUCGUAUUUAAUUGCGCCGUUAAUGACAGUUUCGGAGAUAACUGUUUGGAUUAAUUAAUUAUCUGUGUCAAUCGAAUUCUUUAGUUCUGCCAGCUCCAGUUAUUUGGAUGCUUUCUAUCAGAUAGUAUUCUUUUAGCGUAGUCUGCGUCUCGCUCAGAUUUACUAUUUUUACAGCAAUUACAAGUUAUUUACACAAAA